AAAGCGGCCAACAUGAGAGGAGGCAAGAAGAAAUCCUCUACUGCACCGUCAAGACUUCAAAAAACACUUUCAUCCAUAUGGCAAGACAAACACAUGGUGAUAUUCAAAGCCGAGUACACGUUCUUGGUUACGACUGUGCUAUGGUUCUUGGAAAUUGGGAUCAACAUAUGGGUGAUCCAAAAAGUUGCAUACACAGAGAUUGACUGGAAAGCCUACAUGGAUGAGGUGGAAGGUGUUAUCAACGGCACAUACGACUACACACUGCUGAAGGGCGACACAGGGCCUCUGGUGUAUCCAGCUGGCUUUGUGUACAUAUUCACUGCGCUGUAUCAUAUCACUGACCAUGGACAAAAUAUUCGUCUGGGCCAGUAUCUGUUCGCUGUCUUCUACCUCGUCACUCUGCUGCUUGUUUUCCGCAUUUACCAUCGCACCAGAAAGGUUCCACCAUAUGUGUUUUUCUUCGUCUGCUGUGCUUCGUAUAGGAUUCACUCCAUUUUUGUAUUGCGUCUCUUUAAUGAUCCAUUGGCCAUGAUGCUGCUGUUUGGAGCCAUCAAUCUCUUCCUGGAUGGUCGCUGGACUUUGGGAUGCGCCUUCUACAGUUUAGCUGUGUCUGUGAAGAUGAAUGUUCUGCUCUUCGCUCCGGGUCUGCUCUUCCUCCUCCUGUGUGAGUUUGGUCUGUGGAAAACUCUCCCCAGACUAGUUCUCUGUGCUCUCAUACAGCUGUUGUUAGGAUUGCCAUUCCUCCUGGUGAAUCCUGUAGGUUAUGUUAGCCGGGCCUUUGACCUGGGCAGGCAGUUUCUGUUUAAGUGGACGGUGAACUGGCGUUUUCUCCCUGAGGAGGUGUUUUUGAGUCGAUACUUUCACCUUAUGCUGCUUCUGGCUCAUAUUACCAUGUUGAUUCUGUUCACACUGAAGAGAUGGAAGAGGUCUGGGAACAGUAUUUGGUCUAUUCUAAAGGAUCCUUCUGAGAGAAAAGAGACUGUACAGAAGCUCAAUGCUGAUCAGACAGUUCUGGUUCUGUUCACCUCUAACUUCAUUGGAAUGUGCUUCAGUAGAUCUCUGCAUUAUCAGUUUUAUGUGUGGUACUUCCAUACGCUCCCCUAUCUGCUGUGGAGUGGAGGAGUUAAGAGGCUUGCUCACCUGCUCAGGGUGUUGAUUCUGGGUCUGAUAGAGCUGUCAUGGAACACGUUUCCCUCCACCACCUACAGCUCUUUGUCACUGCACGUUUGCCAUCUCAUCAUCCUGCUUUGCUUGUGGAUCAACCCUACCCCUGCUCUUCCGGCUCACGGGUCAGAGAACAAGGCUAAACGGCACUGAACACUGGUCCAAUCAGAGUGCUUGCCGUGUGGGAUGAUCCCUGGCCUCCACCUCCUGUCUCUUUUCUGUCUCCUGGAGCCACUGGUCCCCUGUCCCAAAACUUGUGUGACAAACAGGGGUCAUCCCAGGCAAGAAAGGGUUGAGACUGUGAUGCUCAAAUGGGAUCAGUGUGGUUUGUUCACGGAUGUAGCAUACAGUUAAUAUAUUUGCGGAACAGAGAGUGUUUACAAUGUUUCUCAGGAUUCUUAAGGACUAAUGCUCAGUCCAGGAUAUCGAAGCGGGAUUUAUUUUUCAUUGUUACACAGCAUUUCAAAUCGGUUGACCUCUGAGAUUUACAGGCUCACAGAUGUGUUGUCGGCCCAUGGACACAUUAUUGACAGGACUGUUUAUUGGUACAAAGGCCUAAGAUAAUGUAAAAGUCUCAGAGUUUCAAGUGUGACAUUAAGCUUAUGGAUUGAUUACAUCAUUGAUUUUGAUCUUUGUCAUAUUUGAAGUUAUUCAGGGAAUUUUUUCCAUUAACUAUUGAUUUUCCAACCAUGCACAGUGACUGUAAGCUUAAAGGUAUAGGUCACCCAAAAAUGAAAAUUCUCUCAUUAUGAAUGCAUUUUCAUGUUGUUCCAAACCUUUAUGACUUUCUUUCUCCCGUGGAACACAUAAAGAGAUGUUAGGCACCAUUCACUUUCAUUGCAUCAUUAUUUGCAUACAGUGAAUGUUCUGCCUAACAUGUAAUUUUGUUUUCAACAGAAGAAAAGUCAUAUGGUUUUGGAACGACAUGAGGGGGAGUAAAUGAUGAGAGAUGUUCACUAUAGUUUAAUGUAUUGGGCACAAAGGAAUAGCAUAGAUAUGCUUUUCCAUUUCUUCCAAGUUUGAGAUACCCAUGAACUUCCCAAGUUUUCUUUGUAGUUUCUGAGUUUGUUUACUGCCUUAGUUCUUUUACUUGUAUUUUGUUCAGUAGGUUUUAAUUUUUCUGUACUGCCCUACAAAUGCAACAUGCAGUAAUUACGGCAACACUAAAACAGACAAAAAUGGCUUCAAAGUUUUUUUGCUGUCUGUUAAUGUGAAUUAUAAAAUUUUCACUCACCAGGGGGCCUGGGUAGCUCAGUGCUAAAAGAUGCUGGCUACCACCCCUGGAGUUCGCUAAUUCGAAUCACAGGGCGUGCUGAGUGACUCCAGCCAGGUCUUCUAAGCAACCAAAUUGGCCCAGUUGCUAGGGAGGGUAGAGUCACAUGGGGUAAUCUCCUCGUGGUCGCCAUAAUGUGGUCCAUUCUCGGUGGGGCGUGUGGUGAGUUGAGCGUGGAUGCCGAGGUGGAUGGCGUGAAGCCUCCACACGCGCUAUGUCUCCGUGGCAGUGUGCUCAACAAACCACGUGAUAAGAUGUGCGGGUUGAUGGUCUCAGACGCGGAGGCAACUGGGAUUCGUCCUCCGCCACCCGGAUUGAGGCGAAUCACUACGCGACCACAAGGACUUAAAAGCACAUUGGGAAUUGGGCAUUCCCAAUUAGGGGAAUAAGCAAAAAAAAAAAAAAAGAAAAAAAAAAAUCCGAUUUCUCUGAAUCUGAGCAUAGUUGAGACAAACCGGUUUGUCACAGGACAGCUCAUAGUAUAAGAGACCUGAUUUCAGGAACUUAAUUUUGACUAAAUGUGUAGUUAAAAGGAUAGUUCCAGUUACUCAUGCCAUCCCAGAUGUGUAUGACUUUCUUCUGCAGAACUCAAACGAAAAUUUUUGAAGAAUAUCUCAGCUCUUUUGGUCCAUUCAAUGCAAGUGAAUGGUGGCCAGAACUUUGAAGC